CUUUCACAACUCAAAGCACUACGAAGCACAAAAACUCAUUUACUGAUAUAUACACAUUAACGGUAUAUACAACAAAUCACCUCAACUUCACAACAAUGGCCCGCAUUUGGUUUGUCACUGGUUCCUCCAAAGGCCUCGGUCUCCGCAUUGUCGAGGCUGCCCUCGCUGACGGCGACAACGUUGUUGCUACUGCUCGCAACCCUGCCACGGUCAACUAUCUCGUUGAAAAGUACGGACCAGACCGCAUCCUGCCAUUGGCCCUCGACGUCGCCAACAACGAGCAGGUCGAAAGCACAGUCAAGGCCGCCAUUGACAAGUUUGGCCGCAUUGAUGUUGUCGUGAACAACGCUGGCUAUGCUAUCCCACGAUCACUGGAAGAUACGUCCGUCGACAUCUACCGCGAACAAAUCGACACCAACCUGCUCGGAACAGUCUAUGUCACCAAGGCCGUGACCCCAAUUCUGCGCAAGCAACAGUCUGGCCGCAUCUUGCAAGUCUCGUCUGUAGGCGGCAGGCUGGCAACACCUGGAUUGUCGGCGUACCAGGCUGCCAAAUGGGCUGUUGGAGGCUUCACAUCUGUUGUUGCCAAGGAGUUGGCGCCAUUUGGUAUCAAGCUGACCGUGUUGGAGCCCGGUGGCAUGAAGACCGACUGGGCCGGUUUCGCGGACGAUGAGAUUAUCAUCAGCGAGCCAUACCAGCAGAGUGUGGGAGCGUUCCAGAAAAUUCGGCAACAGUACAGCGCCUACCGCUCAGAUCCAGUCAAGGUGGCCGAUGUGAUCCUCAAGAUCUCCAAAGAGGAGGAGCCGCCCCUGCGAUUGCUGUUGGGCCCUGAGACGGUGGAUUUGGUGAAGCAGGCCGCGGAGGAGCUCGCUGCAUCUGACGAGAAGUGGAAGGCUGCGACUCUUUUGUCCAUCUAAGCAUGUUAUCAAGCAAUAGAAAUUCGUAUGCUUGAGAAGACUACUUAGCGAGUAUGUUGUUUAUUUGUUUGUUUGUUAUUAUCAUCUCGGUUAGCAAGACUUUUUAGCUACGCAUAUUUAUACAAUGGUACCACAGUAUCAUGGAAAUACACUAUUAUCGGCU